AUGACGCAAGAGUCGAAAAAGAAGUCUAUUGCCCAGGAUGUGUCUACAAUAGGUGGCUUUAUUGCGGGCGGUAUUGCUGCUUGUGGCGCCGUGACGUUCACCAAUCCUAUAGAGUUGAUCAAAACCAGAAUGCAGCUUCAGGGCGAGUUGACUAGUAAACUGAACGCGCCAAAGAUAUAUAAGAACCCGCUUCAGGCGCUGGUGGUCAUUUACAGAAACGAAGGUCUACGUGGGUUGCAGCAGGGACUCUUGUGUGGGUACGUGUACCAGCUAGGGCUCAAUGGAUGUCGUAUUGGCUUCUACGAGCCCAGUAGGUACUACUUAACAAAGAUCUUUAGCCCAAGCAAACUCACCGGUGACCAGUACAGCGAUGUGCCUCAGAACUUGCUCGUUAACGUUGUUGCAGGUUUUGUAUCAGGCUCCGCUGGUGCUGUUCUUGCUAAUCCCUUCUUUCUCAUAAAGACGAGAAUGCAAUCCUACAACAAGGCAAGUGCAUCACUCAAAGUCAGCGUUGGUGAGCAGACACAUUACAGGGGGCUUGCUGAUGGUCUCAAGCAGAUCUUCAAAACUGAGGGCGUGAAGGGACUCUUUAGAGGCACAGACGCGGCAGUAUUGAGAACUGGUGCUGGUUCUGCUGCUCAGUUGCCCGUGUAUAACUUGACGAAGAAUUACCUUUUGAAGCACAACCUCAUGUCGGAAGGAUCGAUUGGCUUGCACUUUGUUGCGUCCUCAAUGGCAGGCUUGGGAGUGGCCAUUGUGAUGAACCCAUGGGACGUUGUAUUGACAAGACUUUACAACCAAAAGGGCAAUUUGUACAAAGGUCCUGUGGAUUGUUUUGCAAAAACCAUCAAAAUUGAGGGACCCACGGCUUUGUACAAGGGGUUUUGGGCCCAGCUAUUCAGGGUAGGUCCUCACUCCAUCUUGACCCUUAUGUUCAUGGAACAAUCAAUGAAGCUUGUUCACGCUGUUGAGCAAAGGUUCAAGUAA